AAUUUUUGAAACGACACCGGGGCUCCAGCCUCCUUGACCGCCAUUUUGACUAUCAUUACGAAUCUACUCGCUUCGGGCAACGGGCCUUCUUGAACGGGCAAUGCAUGUUGCAAACUCGCUCCCUUCCGAUGCUACCCGCGCCCCUGCAAAUAGCAUGCCUGAGAUAAUCUGCUUGGCCGAUUCCGACGACGAGGUGAUAUAUCUACGCACAUGUACAAAGCAGCCUCGCUGGGACCCAGGUGCUCGUCGCGAUAUCUCAAGAAAGUUAUCAAAGGAGCCCACACGCCGACCACCGCCUUCGAAGGAUGCGCGAAGACACCGAAAUACUGAUGUUUUCCUUGCACCUAAACGGUCAACGCGCUGCCCUCGUUCUCGAGCGAACCCUAAAGCGACUGCCCGCUGUGGAAAUUGUCGACGGAGGGCCGAAGCGACUGCAACACAUUCUAUUCCCGCGGAAAUCAUUGGAAAACUGGUGAAGCUAGGGUACCAACGGAACGUCCAGCGUCAGCAAUCCCAACCUCCAGUAUAUGGCUGCUUUGACAAGUCAGGCAGUUUCUGCCGCCGACUCUAUUACUCGCAAAACACCAUGGAUCGCGCAGGGUCGGCACCAAUCUCCCACGACCAAGUUGAGUACAACGCUCGGUUUCAGGGAAUGACUCGCCAGCAAGUUCGAGCUACAGCGUGUCACUACCUGAAAGAAAGUAUGGCCCUUUUCUGGCUGAAGGCGAGGUAUGAUUUGGAUGGUCUGCGAGCCGCUGAACACACAAGACGUCGUUGGAAGCUGCUUAAGCCUAAAACUAGAGUCGAAAUAUGAUAGCAAUGCCUUACUUUCGUCUCCCUCUUGAAACUUAUCUAGCGAAAGGACAACAAUAAGUGGCUAUGAACCCAUUUGCUUGAGCGAUGGC